AUUCCAUCAGUACGCAACCACACCGACCGACUUGACUCUUCCAGCCUCCUCGUGAGUUUCCUUCAACCUCCCGUCGUCUUCGUCUUCGAUCCGUGCGCGAUGGCGCCCAAGGCGGAGAAGAAGCCUGCGGAGAAGAAGCCCGCGGAGGAGAAGGCCGAGAAGGCCCCCAAGGCGGAGAAGAAGCCCAAGGCCGAGAAGCGGCUGCCGGCGUCCAAGGAGGGCGGCGACAAGAAGGGCAAGAAGAAGGCCAAGAAGAGCGUGGAGACCUACAAGAUCUACAUCUUCAAGGUGCUCAAGCAGGUGCACCCGGACAUCGGCAUCUCCUCCAAGGCCAUGUCGAUCAUGAACUCGUUCAUCAAUGACAUCUUCGAGAAGCUUGCGCAGGAGGCGGCGCGCCUCGCCAGGUACAACAAGAAGCCCACCAUCACGUCGCGCGAGAUCCAGACCUCGGUCCGCCUCGUCCUCCCCGGCGAGCUCGCCAAGCACGCCGUCUCCGAGGGCACCAAGGCCGUCACGAAGUUCACCUCCUCCUAGGUUGCUAGAUGAUGCCCCCCAUCCUUUGACCUUGUGUUCUGGCCGCCUCCUUCCCCUUCGUCAGGGGUUGAGGAUUAGUGUGUAAUUGGUGAUGCUGAUUUACGAAACAAUGAAAUGAAUGGUACUGCCACGUCUGGUAUCUGAAUAUCUUGUCACUGUAAUAAGCUCGCAAUUGAUAAUUCUCUUCAAUUUCUCGUUCUCCGUCUGAAUCUUA